AUGGCUAAGAGAUUGACUGGCCGCCUACCUGGUCUAUCAGACUCCUCCUCUCGGGGCUCCCCAGUUCUAGAACCAGUACAGUCGCCUGAGGAUGUUGCUGCCCAACAACAUCAGCAUCGCCAUGGUCAGAGGCACUUGUACCAGAGUCAGAAACUGCUCUCACAGCUGAGUGACUGGCUGGAGCACGAAAGGAAUAAGAAGGCUGCGCGCAAGAGCAAGACCUCACCUCGUCGUCGUUCGCCGCAGUCUAAAUCCAAGGCCGAAGCCCAGCCUGCCACUGAGUCUCAGCCUGAUGCCCAGCACACUCUUCGCUCUCGGUCAGACUCCAUCGACUCCGAUUCUAGUGACGUCUCGUUUGACAGACUGCAAAAGAUUAUUGAGGAGAGCAUGGCGUCCAUGGGCAUCAACUCUGUUUCCCACUUGAGUCCUCGCAUUGGCAGACGCACUUCUGGCCGUAAGAAGUCGUUUUCACGUAGCAUGAUCCAUAGGACCGCGAGCUCCGACACCGACUACAUUGACGGUGAUGUUAUCGUUCCCACCUGUGACGCCGUUCUCGACAACUCCAAAACCCUUAGCUACAAUGCUGGCAAAAGCACCGACGACCUGUCCCUGAGUGGCAAGGCAGACGAUAAGGAAAAGGCCUGGGCCACCUUCAAGAACGAAAUUGUUCGCCUGGCUCACACUCUCAAGAUCAAAGGUUGGAGAAGGGUGCCUCUCGAUUGUGGCAACAGCCUCUCCGUCCAGCGCCUUAGCGGAGCUUUGACCAACGCUGUGUAUGUGGUGUCACCUCCCCAAGACCUUCAAGACGCGGCCUCCGGCAGACCAUCCCCGCCCAAGCUUCUGCUUCGUAUCUACGGAUUGGAGCACCUCAUCGACCGUGAGAAUGAACUCAGUGUACUUCGAAGACUGGCACGGAAGAAGAUUGGCCCCAGACUUCUCGGUUGCUUCACCAAUGGCCGCUUCGAACAGUAUUUCAACUCCAUUACUCUUACAUCCAACGACUUGCGGGAUCCGGAUACGUCGAAGCAGAUUGCCAAGCGCAUGAGAGAGCUUCACGACGGUAUCGACGUGCUAGAGAAGGAGAAGGACGAAGGCGCUGCGGUGUUCAAGAAUUGGGAUUCUUGGCUCGGUAAUGUCGAGAAGAAGAUUCUUGUUCUUGACGAAGACGUACGCCGAGGUUCUUGCGUCUUCCGCGGCGAAGGUUUCGUCUGCGGAGUGGAAUGGAACAAGUUCAAGGAGUACUAUGAUAGGUACCGUGAGUUGGUCAUCAAGGCCUACAAAGGCUCUCAGGGAAUUCGUGAGCGCCUCGUCUUUGCCCACAAUGAUACCCAAUAUGGUAACAUUCUUCGUAUGCGGCCAGAUGAUGAAAAGUCGCCACUUCUUCAACCAGCAAAUGAGCACAAGCAGCUUAUCGUGAUUGACUUUGAAUACGCCGCCGCCAACGUCCCCGGCCUCGAGUUUGCAAACCACUUUACUGAGUGGGCCUACGACUAUCACUACGAAGCUGCCCCCUAUCUCUGCAACACGGCUCGCUACCCCACCAUUCAGGAGCAGCGCCGCUUCCUCAAGGCAUAUGUUGAGCACCGCCCGCAAUAUCCUCACGGUGGUGCUUCCACCCCGCGCCUCGCCCCUGCCGACGGCAGCAGCACACCCGCCCUGCUGCCUACCAGCUCCUCAAGCUCUAUUGUCGAGUUCAUGCUCGACGCUCGCGUGCCCCCAGGCCACUGGAAAGACGAGGAACGCCGCGCGGAGGAGGCGAUUGAGGCAGAGGUCAAGGAGUUGUACGAGGAGACUCGCUUGUGGCGUGGCAUCAACAGCGCCCAGUGGGUCGCAUGGGGUGUCAUCCAAGCCAAGGUGCCCGGUUUCGAGUCUGCGGAGGAGAAAGAGCAGCAGGAGAAGCAGGCUCAAAACGAGGCAGCCGCCGCCGCUGGCGACGAGAGCGCCAAGGCAGAGGUGAAGGCUGCGGCUGAAGCCGAGGCUGAGGAAGGAGACGAGUACGAUUACCUGAGCUACGCCCAGGAUCGUGCGUUCUUCUUCCUUGGAGACUGUGUGCUCAUGGGGAUUGUGAAGAAGGAGGAACUUCCGGAAGACGUGCAGAGGCGCCUCAAGAUUGUGGAUUGCUAG